UAACCUAACGCCGGCACUAGUCUUGUUCAUUCUUAUAUUCCGAGCCAUUGUCUAGUUCGUGAGCUUGACAUCCCAUUAGGAGAUUAUCGAAAUGACAACAGUACCAGGACAGUUGGUGUGGGAGAUAGUGAAGAGAAACAACUGUUUCUUGGUCAAACAGUUCGGUAGAGGCAAUGCCAAGGUUCAGUUCAGCAAAGAGAGCAACAACCUCUGCAACCUCAACUCCUACAAACACUCUGGUUUGGCAAACAAAAAGACAGUGACCAUUCAAGUAGCUGACAAGGAGCAAGGUGUGGUACUGGGAACCACCAAGACCAAGAAGCAAAACAAGCCUAAGCUCUCUGUUAACAAGUCUGUCCUCAAGAAGGAGUUCCCCAGGAUGGCCAAAGCUGUUGCCAACCAGGUUGUGGACAACUACUACAGGCCUGAUCUGAAGAAUGCAGCACUUGCUAGGCUCAGCGUCAUCAGCAAAGGUCUUAGAGUCGCCAAGUCUGGUCCUAAGAGAAGAAACAGACAGGCCUGAAGAAUCCGCCACCGAAUGAAUGAAUAUUUUACUUCUUCAAAAAGCUUGUUUUUGAGAGUUUCAGACAAUGCAUGUAGGUUGAUGAUUUCUCCUGAACAGCUGAGAGUUUUGUUUGAACCACCUCCCUCCUUUUGUGUCAUUGGAAAAAAUCUAUACAAAAGAACCACCUCCCUCCCUUUGUCA